AUGUCGGCUUUCUCAAGGGAAUACAUCAGCACGGCCGAUGCCGAGCCGCUGGUUCUUGCUGCUAUGGAUGACACGACUGCUGUCAGAGUGGUGAAGGCUGAUGUCGCUCAACAUGGUCUCGUGGAGGGCCUCAGGGAGAUCAUCAGAUUACAAAGCCCAUCGUAUCAGCCUGGCAUGGUUUAUGGCGUUGUGGUGGAGCUCCAGCCUACGUCUGAUACAAAAUUAUCAGAGCUGGAUGCAGCGGACGAGUACAUGUCGGUGUUGUUCAGCUGUUCUCAGUCGAGGCAUGAGCAACCCGUUCACAACGAAGUGUGGGUGGUGGCCACUGGAGAGAAGGAGUGGCAAUGGGAAAGUGACGAGGGUUGGCCUCGGGGCAUGGACAGGUAUCUUGCCGCUCCUACUGUGACCGCAGGGGCGUUCACCUUGACACAGACAGACCCCUACGGCUUUGAGCUCACCGCCGCUGUUCCUGGUGCUGGGCUGAAGACACUGAGGAGCUCCACUGAGGAGGCCACUAUCAAGGCACUGCUGAAGGAGAAGCACUGCUAUGUUGGUCUGCGAAGUGACGAGGGGUUCGAGGCGCUGUCGAUGGUCACCAACAAGUGCUGGAGAUUACUGUUGAGGAAACCAGCACCAGCAGGAGGAGGAGGAGGAAAUAUUCAGAGUUGA